GUGCAUGCUGGGACAUGGCGAGCCGCACUCAGCUCCUCCCCACGUGUUUGAGUGACUGCAGCGCUGUGAUCAGCAACAUGGCAGCAACAUCUCUCAUCCACACGAUCCACACACAGAGAGAGAUCCUCACACAGUCCAGCUGAAGAACUUCGAGACAUCUUCACUAACGCUGGGUUUAGCGCGGGGACGCACAGCUCAGAUCGCAACUUCAGCGUCAGGCUCUUGUUGAUAUAACGUUAGUGGAUCAGCGAGGCCUCGGUUUGAAGUCCUCCUCCGGUCUUCAUUAUGGCCAGCGGAGAUGAUGAUGAUCCAAUUAUACAAGAGAUUGAUGUGUAUCUGGCCAGAAGUCUCGUGGAAAAGCUGUAUUUGUUCCAGUAUCCAGUGCGUCCUGCUUCUAUGAGCUAUGAGAAUGUGACUCAUUUGGCGGCCAGGAUUAAACCCAAGCAGCAGAAGGUUGAACUGGAGGUGGCCAUGGACACCAUGAGUCCGAACUACUGCGGCAGUAAAGGCGAGCAGAUCGCGCUCAAUGUGGACGGCACGUCCUCGGAGGACUCCAACGUUUACUCGACGAAAAUGAUGGACAAGCAAACGUUCUCCUCGAUCCAGGCGACCACUAACACGUCCCGCUACGCUGCGGCUGUGUUUCACAAAGGAGAGCUUCAUCUCACUCCACUGCAGGGAAUCCUCCAGAUGAGGCCCAGCUUCACCUACCUUGAUAAAGCUGAUACUAAACAUAGAGAAAGAGAGGCGGCCAAUGAAGCUGGAGACUCUUCUCAGGAUGAGGCAGAAGAGGAUGUUAAACAAAUCACUGUGAGGUUUUCCCGGCCCGAGUCAGAACAGGCCCGUCAGCGCCGCAUCCAGUCGUACGAGUUCCUGCAGAAGAAACAGGCUGAAGAGCCCUGGCUUCACCUGCAUUACCACGGUGUAAAGGACGGACGUUCUGAGCACGAGCGCCAGUAUCUUUACUGCCAGGCCAUGGACACCGCAGAAAACACAGAACUGGUGAAAACGCCACGUGAAUAUCUGUCCAUGCUCAUGCCUCCUUUGGCUGAAGAAAAAGUCACCAAGCCCAUGGGUCCCAGUAACGUGCUCUCCAUGGCCCAGCUCCGCACGCUGCCUCUGGGGGAACAAGUCAAGACGCUGAUGAAGAACGUGAAGGUGAUGCCGUUUGCCAAUCUGAUGGGGCUGCUGGCCUCAGGAACGGACUCCACCGCAGUGCUGCGCUGCAUCCAGCAGGUAGCGCUGCUCGUUCAGGGCAACUGGGUCGUGAAGAGGCGAGGAUGGUUGGAAAAAGUGUUUAACUUCUCCAAAGAUGACUUUGUGCUGAAAAAGGAUGCUCAGAUGGAGCCCGUUCACAUCAGCGGAGACCAGCGUCUGAAAUCGGCGAAGGAGAACGCUAGAGAUAACCAAUCCGCCAUGCAGAGGGAGCUGGACGCUCGUAGACUGAAGGCGGCCAGAAACACGGCAUCAUCCGGUGAAUCUGCCGCCCCGGUGCAGGUCAAACAGGAGCCCAUGAGUGACUCUGAAGAGCCCAUGGACACGUCAGGCCCGCUCACUAACGGCUCGAUCAACGGUUACCCCAACUCUACCUCUCCGGCCUCGGACCCUCAUAACGGACACGCUCACGCCUUCACCCCGGAGCUCCAGGACUUUGUGCGGAGUACCUUCCGGAAGCACUAUGUUUUGUGCCUGAGUGAAGUGAAGAGGCUGUUUAACCUGCAUCUGGCCAGUUUACCCACGGGGCACUCGGUGUACGGCCACGUGACGGACCGCAUGCUGCAGGAGACCAUCCUCCAGAGCCAGUGCAGACAGAUCCUGGUGCCUGUAAGUACUGUGGUGGAUGAUGGGCGGUUUUAGUGCACCACAUAGUGCUUUGUUAUAAACUGAUUUAAAAUAUGCAUUUGGAAAACAAGUAUAGAUGCACUGAUAUUAAUAUGAAUUA